AUGUAUCCAAAUGAAUCUGUCCUCUCACUGGUCCUGACUCUGCACUCUCUGGAACUGCCUGAGACGAGCAUUUAUCCUGCAUUCAUAUUUGGAUUAAUAACAUACUUGUUUAUCUUACUCUGCAAUCUAACAAUUAUUAUUACAAUCUGCUUGAACAGGAAUCUUCACAAACCAAUGUACAUACUGUUACUCAACCUGCCAAUCAAUGAUGCAAUGAAUGCUUCGAUCCUUUUUCCUCACCUGCUGUAUAGUAUAUGGUCUCAGGACAGAUCAAUAUCAUAUCCUGCAUGUUUGCUUCAAGGCUUUUUUGUGCACUUUAAUGGCGGAGCAUCUUAUCUUAUUCUUACAGCUAUGGCCUAUGACAGGUAUAUCGCCAUCUGCCACCCGCUGAGAUAUGGAGCCAUUAUGACUACUAAUAACUUGGUGAAAAUCAUAACUGGGAUGUGGCUAUUAGAUUUUAUUCUUAUAACUGUAGUUUUCUCUAUUCUGGUACCUUACAGGAUUUGCCAGACACACAUGACAGAUCUUGUCUGCUAUAAGACACCAAUACUGAAACUCUUAUGUGAUGGCGCAGAGGUGAACAAUAUUGUUGGGCUGAGUUGUAUCAUUUUUUACCACGGCCUUUCACUUUCUGCUGUGGCAUUUACAUACCUCCAUAUUUUAAUCACUUGUAUUACUAAUAAGCAGUCUGAUGCGAAGAUUAAGGCACUUCAGACAUGUGGUACUCAUUUGGUCGUCUUCCUGUGGUUAGAGUUCAAUACAUUGUUUCCUAGCAUUGCUCAUCGAUCUGAAUUUGCUCCUGCUUUUGUACGCAGAGUUGUUUCUAUUACCAAUUUUGUCUUUCCUCCUCUUAUGAAUCCUCUGGUGUAUGGUUUUAAAACCAAAGAGAUCAGACAGAAAAUUUUCACCUGUUUCAAAAACAAGAAGAUAUGCAGUUUUUGA